CGACUAGAGCAGCACGGGAGAACGCUUCGAUGCAGCCACACAAACAAAACCAUGGCUCUUCUAUCCAACCCGCUGGCGACCGCCGAGCAGCUCUACCGUCGGAGUUCGCUGAGCGCUUUGCCCGCAGAUCUCCUAGAUGCCAUCUUCUUUGCGACGCAAUGCCUGACGCAGGCCGCCGGGCUGCUGCUCCAGCUGCCCCAGUCCACCACGGCCCAGGCGAACGUGCUGAUCGCGCGUUUCUGGCUGGUCGAGCCCAUGAUGCUGCAUGAGUUCAGCGACGUCUCGGCCGCCGCCAUCUACAUAGUCGCCAAGUGCGGCGCCUUCCCGCGCUCGCCGCGCGACGUGACAAACGUCUACGCCUACCUCCUCUCCCCCGCCUCGCCGCUCGCGCGCCGACGCACCGACGCAGGCACCACCACCGACGACGCGCCGCCCCCGCCCAAGAGCGACCCGACGCAGUACUACCAGACCGAGGCCGACUACCACGCCUUCUACGGGCGCGUGCUCGCGCUCGAGGGCCGCAUGCUCUACUCGCUCUCGUUCGACACGCACGUGUCGCUGCCGCACCCGCUGGCCGUCACGUACCUGCAGGCGCUCGACUUCCUGGGGCGGCCCAAGGAGGAGGUGUCGCGCCGGGCCGUCGCCUACCUCAACGCGGCGCUGCUGUCGCCGCAGAUGCUGUACCUGACGCACCAGCCGGGCGCCCUGGCCGUCGCGGCCGUGUACAACGCCGCGCGCGACGUGGGCGCAAAGAUGCCCGAGUGCGAGUGGUGGGAGGUCUUUGACGUCGACCGCGAGGAGCUCGGCUUCCUCGUCGUCGGGCUCCGCAGCCUCGAGGGAUGGGCGCGCAGGCAGAGGGAGGACGCGCCCGGGCUGGCCAGGGGCGCGCUGACGCGCAGGGAGGUGGAGAUGGAGCUGGAGAGGAGGGGCGCCAACGUCGGCAAUGGGAGGGGGGCGGACGACAUGGCCGUCGACCAGGAGGCCGAGAUGGCGAAGCUUAUGGAUCAAAGGAUUGCUAGCAUGGGCGAGUAGCGUUGCACCAGAUGCUUGGAGCCAGACGAUUGAUUGCCCUCGCCACACAGGGUUUACACAGAAAGCGUACAUUCUAGCUAUGAUAAAUCUCAUAAUGUCGACGGGUCACCCGCUUCAGUGCCUGAUCCUUUCCCUGCACGCUUUGCCUUGGCCUUGGUCUUCAGCUCCUCCCACCUGUCCCUGUAUUGCCCGUUGAUUUUCUUGAGCCUGUUAUUG